AUGGAGAGAGGAGAUGGUGGUUGUGGUGGCGGUUUGUCACAUGCAUCGUACGACAGUCAUGGAUCCAGUGUUUCGAUGCGAAGGAGGAGGGUGAAUGCUCAUGAUGGAUCAUGUUUCUGUGGGCUGAAGACUGUGAUUAAGAAAUCUGGGACAGCGGAGAAUCCGAAUAGAUUGUUCCAUGCAUGUCCAAGGUACCGGAAGGGCAGUCACUGCAAUUAUUUUAAGUGGGUUGAUGAUGAUGAAUUUGAAGUAGUGGGUGUGUGUGGUACAAAGAAAGAUGCAGGAGCUGAUAUGGAGGUUGAAGGUGAGUAUGAUGAAUGGAGGGUGAAGGUAGCGUGGAAGUUGGGCACUUUGGAAGCUGAAGUUAGAGCUUUGAAACUGCUAAUGAUUUUGCUGUUUGUAGUAGUUGUGAUACUUUGUUGUUUCUUAUGUACUUCUAAAUGA